AAGUCGAACACAAUUCGACUGCAAACCCUUUCUCGCACUCUCGACUCACAAUACCUCAACUCAACUUUCCCUAUCUCAAUUCUCCUGCAACAGACAAACAACCAUGGAGAGCCAUGGAGCCGGUAGUUAUUUCGUUGACGAGAAGGCCGUUCUUGUUGAGAACAUUUUCUUCGACUUCCUUAAAAGUUUUCGCAUCAAUGGGAACUCUGGUGACCCUUACUACGAGGCAGAGGUAGAAGCGAUGAUGGCUGGCGAAUCUAACACCAUGUUCAUUGAUUUUGCUCACCUCAUGGGCUCCAAUAAUCUUCUUAACAUUGCAAUCGCCGACGAAUAUCUGAGGUUUGAACCAUACCUGAAGAACGCUUGUAAGCGAUUCGUAACGGAGCAGAAUCCUUCUUUCAUCGCUGACGAUAACCCCUUCAAGGACAUAAAUGUUGCUUUCUUUAACAUUCCUGUCUCUAAAAGGUUGAGAGAAUUGACUACUGCGGAGAUUGGGAAAUUAGUAUCCGUGACAGGAGUGGUGACGCGGACAAGCGAGGUCCGACCAGAGCUUCUACAGGGGACCUUUAAGUGCUUAGAAUGUGGAAAUGUCAUAAAGAAUGUCGAACAACAAUUUAAGUACACCGAGCCAACAAUAUGCAUGAACCCAACCUGUUCGAAUAGAACAAAGUGGGCACUACUUCGGCAAGAGAGUAAAUUCGCUGAUUGGCAGAGGGUGCGAAUGCAAGAGACUUCAGAGGAGAUUCCAGCUGGCUCUCUUCCACGAUCCUUGGAUGUUAUUCUCCGCCAUGAAAUGGUCGAACGAGCUAGGGCUGGAGACACGGUCAUCUUCGCGGGUACAGUAGUUGUCAUACCAGAUAUAUUAGCAUUAGCCUCUCCAGGAGAAAGAGCAGAAUGUCGUCGAGAAGCUUCAGAGCGAAGAAACUCUGCAGUUGGACAUGAAGGAAUGAGGGGGUUACGAGCACUAGGAGUGAGGGACCUGUCCUAUCGCCUGGCCUUUAUUGCCAAUUCAGUUCAGGUUUUAGAUGGCAGAAGGAAUUUUGACAUCAGAAAUAGGAAAAAGGAUGCGGAUGAAGAUAGCCAACAGUUUACCACUGGAGAGCUGGAUGACGUUCAAAGGAUGAGGAAUACACCUGACUUUUUCAACAGACUUGUUGAUAGCAUUGCACCUGCAGUCUUUGGCCAUCAAGACAUCAAGCGAGCAAUCUUGCUGAUGCUGUUAGGUGGUGUCCACAAGUUAACUCAUGAAGGCAUUAACCUUCGAGGUGACAUCAACGUCUGUAUAGUAGGAGAUCCAAGCUGUGCGAAAUCUCAGUUUCUUAAGUAUACUUCAGGUAUUGUGCCAAGAUCAGUUUACACAUCUGGAAAGUCCUCUUCUGCUGCUGGAUUGACUGCAACUGUAGCCAAAGAACCAGAAACUGGGGAAUUUUGUAUUGAGGCUGGUGCCUUGAUGCUUGCCGACAAUGGUAUUUGCUGUAUUGAUGAAUUUGACAAAAUGGACAUCAGGGAUCAGGUUGCAAUUCAUGAAGCUAUGGAGCAGCAGACCAUAAGCAUAACAAAAGCCGGAAUACAGGCCACACUAAAUGCUAGGACAUCAAUCCUCGCUGCUGCUAAUCCUGCAGGAGGGCGGUAUGACAAGUCUAAACCACUCAAGUAUAAUGUUGCUCUGCCUCCUGCUAUUCUCUCAAGGUUUGACCUCGUCUACGUGAUGAUAGAUGAUCCAGAUGAUCAAACAGACUACCAUAUCGCCCACCACAUUGUGAGAGUACACCAGAAGCAUGAAGAUGCUCUUGCUCCUGCAUUUACUACUGCAGAGUUGAAGCGUUACAUUGCAUAUGCAAAAACUUUAAAACCAAAGUUAAGUUUAGAAGCCAGAAAAGUAUUGGUGGACUCUUAUGUUGCUCUUCGCAGAGGAGAUACAACUCCUGGAUGUAGGGUUGCCUAUCGCAUGACAGUCAGGCAGCUUGAGGCAUUAAUAAGGUUGUCUGAAGCAAUUGCUCGUAGUUAUUUGGAGACUCUGGUUCAAUCGCGUCAUGUUCGUUUAGCAGUGACUUUACUGAAAACUUCAAUAAUCAGUGUGGAAUCUAGCGAGAUUGACCUAUCUGAAUUUCAAGAAGAAACUAAUGGAGGUGGAGAUGGUGAUAAUAAUGCCGAUGGGCCUAAUGAGGUUGAUGCUGAACCUAGGAACGGUGCAACAGAGGCAACUACUGGAAAUAGUGAAAUGGGUUCAGGUUCUGGAAAUAGUCAACAUAGGAAGGAGAAACUUUUCGUGAGCGAUGAAUAUUUUCAGAGAGUUACCCAAGCCCUUGUGAUGCGCCUCAGACAGCACGAAGAAUAUGUGAAUCAAGAAGGACCUGGGCUGGCGGGAAUGAGGCAGAGAGACUUAAUUGAAUGGUAUGUGGAUCAACAGAACGAAAGAAAUAGCUAUAGCUCCAUGGAGGAGGCAAAUAAAGAAAUUAAAUUAGUUAGAGCUAUUAUCCAGCAUUUGAUAGUGCAGGAAGGUCAUUUGAUAGUGGUAGAUGAUGGGAGGCCGGUAGAUGGCGAGGUUGAAGGCGAAUCAUCAUCAAUAAGAAUUAGAAAUAACAGGAUUCUAGUUGUGGCUCCUAAUUAUGUCGUCGAUUGAAGACAUCAUGUCUGACAACCGAAUCUCCAACUUUUAUGAUUUUUGUCAAUCGAAUUUGCCCAAUUGAGCGUACAUGUGAAAGUUGGUCUUCUAAGAUAGCCAAGAAAGUAAUAGUGGAUUGAUGACAUCAUGAAAACCUGAAUUGACGUUCAAAUUCAUUACUGACAGCGGGUUAAGGCUGGGGGGCUGCAGAGGUAAAUUCAUUCUUGUUUUAUUUGGCAAAUGCCGGAGGUUAAUUUUAAAUAUUUUAGACUUUCUUCGGUACAGGUUGAGGGAAGUGCCUGAUGGAUUCUAUUACGUUGUCAUGUAACAUUAUAACUAACCUAAGUUUGUGGUCGUAUAAGCAAGGUGCUAUUAUAAAAUUUGAAUGCGCAUGACAACGGCUAGUGUUGUAAUUUUUUAUUGUUCACGUAAAAGGUUAUUAGUUAUUUGCUUUCA